GGCAAGGUUUAAACGUUAGGUCCUUUUGAAAUGUGCCCGCUCUUUCGUUUCAACGACCUUGAACGGCUUGACUAGAGGCGGUCAUUCCGUAUUUCAAUUGCCGUGGGUUGGUUGGAUUGUUCCUGCCUGGAGGAUUUGGUGAUCCCCUGCUACUAGACACGGAAGCCUGUUAAGCGAAAGCUUCUUCUAUUCCGUCCACAACCAUUUGAACCAUUUGAACAACUGUAGUAAAGCUCAACGAAAUGUCAAGUCACAGUGCUUCAUGCUCAAGUGACAUUUCAGUCGACCUAACCGAUGCCUUUCGAAGUAUGAACAAGCGUUUCGUCUUGUGGGAUGAUUUUGAAAGCGCCUUAAAAGAGUUCCAAAAAGUAUGGAAUUAUAAUUUUAUCGCUUCUCAGACUACUUAUACUCGUUACAUCCACACAGAAAGCAGAUUGCUGAAGGAUGUCAGGUUCAAAUACCUGUUUGUAUCAUUUAAUUGUACGUUUGGUCAUAAGAGGAAAUCGGAAGGUUUGAAAGUGAGGCAAAAAUCGUAAGAUCUUUAACUAAUAUCUUAUGUUUAAGGUCUAAAUUCCGUAAUUGUCGAUCUAAAUUUCGUGUAAGACUAGAGGAGCAAGGAUAUGUCAUCAAAUCCUACAACAUGCUCCACAAUCAUCCAUGUAGUAGUUCAUGGAUGGUAUGUGAUCCAUUGACAAGGAGAUUAUCGUCAGAAGAAAAAGAGAACUUGAAGCCCGUAAUACUUCACUGUGAGUCAGCAGAUGAAGUUAUCGAAAGCAUUAAGGAGAGAACUGGUAAGCAAGCAACUGCUGCCGAUGUCAAAGGUAUGAAAGCUACACUCUCCACUGGUUGUUUUACUCGGAACCAGGUAAUGGAUAUGCUUAGACAGAGAGGCGAAGUGAAGGAACAUUUAGAAAAUGGAUAUGCCACUAGAAUAUGUUUCAGUAGUUCUAACCAAAUACAACUGUACAGAAAAUAUCCAGAAGUUGUGUGCAUUGAUUCUACGUAUAAUACUAAUAAUAAAAAAUAUUCCUUAUUCCAGUUAGUAGUGACGGAUAAUUGCGGUCGAGGUCGAACUGUAAUGUUUGCAUGGACUCGAAGGGAAAAGCGUGCUGAUGUUAUAUGGAUUCUAGAUCAAUUCAAAGAGAUAAUGGGGGAUACAAUGUUGACUGAAACAUUUGUGAUGGACUGCGCAAGAUGUGAAAGCGCGGCUGUCCGUAUGACACACGGACAUGCAAACAUAAUUUUGUGCGCCUUUCAUGUAAUUCGCGCUUUCCGGAAAAAGACAAACGACAAAAUAAUGAAAGCCUACUUAACUCGAUUGGUAACUGCGGAGACGGUUGAAAGAUAAUUUUUGUAAUGUGUUUAUUCAAUAGAUUUAAUCAAUAUUACAGAAUAAUAAAUCGACGGGACAGAUUGAUAGGUCAGUACCUGUCACGUUUUUGGAUGGCACGUAAGACGAUGUGGGCGCGUGCCUUUUACGGUCAUGUUUUAACAUUGGGUAACAACACGAAUAAUCGUGUUGAAUCGCUGAAUAGGCAAAUUAAACGAUAUGUACGCAAAAGUGAUAGUCUGUACAAGUGUAUGUACAAGGCUUUAAAAUGGAGUGAUAUGACGUCAGCUAGAAGAAGUAUCGAAGAUCAAGUGAUAGCCGGAAGAUCUUAUAAAUAUAAUGCUCCUCAGCGUCUUACACCCCUGCUAAACAUUUUAACCCCAUUCGCUAGAUCUAAAUUGUUAUACGAACUUAAACAAAUGCGUUUUGUCUACGUGGAAUAUGAAAGCGGUGAUUGGUUGUUUAUGGUUGAUCGCGGACAACAUUAUGAAGUUGAUAUAAGCAUUUGUCAAUGCAAUUGUAGCACGUUUAUGAUGUGACGAUAUCCCUGCCGUCACAUGCUACUUGCCUACGUUAAAAGACGAAAUCUUACAGCUCAUCAACUUCUUAGGUAUUGUAGCAGAUGGAAGUUACAUAUUACCCAGAACUUCCAAAAUUAUACAUUAACUGCAUUAACACAACGGAGUGAAGUGUAUAUAAGUAUUCAACGAAGUCGAAGAAUCCAUAAGCAACGCAUCAUUGAGAAGUAUGAUGAACGUUUCGCAACGGAAGUUGAGAAGAAGGUGGACAAUUAUUACUUAAGAAUUCUUAAUACCAACUUGUAAACUUGAUUUUCUGCUUUAGCAGCAAUGAUUAUUCAAUAAACUGUCAUAAUUUUAAUUUUCACCUUAUUCCUAGUUUCAUGGGAAUAAAUAGCAAUGACGUUCAUGUGUAACUGUUUGUAAUAAUUAAGAAUGAUUCAGAAACCCUACAUCCACG